AUGCCCUCUCACAUUCAAGACGGUAGUAACAACCUCCCAUUUGUGAUUCCAUCACCCGUUCAUGACAAGACCCAAGUGGCAAGACUUCAAGAUGCCAGAGUCCCUCAUAAGAUUGUCAAGUCAGGAAAGACAUGCGACCCCAAAUGUUUCUUUCAUUGGAAGAAUUUCAAGACGUAUCAAAUGACCACAAAUCUAGAGAACUCAUUGGUAUGGCAUGAGCAACAACCCGUCAUGACCUCUUCCUCCUUUUCAUCACCACCAACCACAACUACAUUAUGUACACAAAAGCAAGCCAUUGCAACGGAACCAUCCAGUUUAGUGACUGAUCAUUCUUAUGGUGUCAAAGAAAAGAAAGAUGAAAAAAGAUCUUUUUCAUCAUGUAUGAAGAUAUCUUCAUCUCAACAACAACUGAUGACUGCCAUAACUCCAUCUUCUUCAUGUACAAUUCCUCCUCAAUCUCGAUCAAUCUCGCCAACGAUGGUUCGAAGAGUUAAGAAACACACAUGUACCUCAACAUCUGACAUGAACAACAUCAACAACACACAACUUCCUAUUAACUCUUGUUCAAACCAUAAUAUGCCAAGCUCCACCACACUCAUAUUCACUCAAUAUCACCAACCACAGCAGCAUUCUUCGAAGAAAAGAACGAUUUCUGUUGACCUCCAUGAGCCAACCACCUGUCAGAUGUCACCUUCCAUUGAGUUUGUUCCAUUUAAGCUUGAAAAUUUGCCGAAAGAUUACUCACUUUCUUAUAAAAACACUGCCUUAAGGUCAUCGGUCCAACCUUCACCUCAAGUAAUAACCACUCUCCAAAACACACAAUCACUUGUCCAAAAUGUUUCUUUCACUUCGAGCACAAUUCCAUCUUCCCAACCAACAACUGUGCAAAGCUGUAAAACACAUGCUAUCCGAACAAGAAUGCUAUCCUUAGGUGAAUUGUUGAACUAA